AUGAACAGAAUGCAUGAUAAUCAACGGGAUUGGGAUGACGAAACGGUUUAUUUUUAUCCCCCAAGAACCGUUCCACCUGCAAUUAAUAAAUACACCAGACUGAUUUCAGAUCUCUUGCAAAAUAUCCCCAUUACUGACGCUCUCCCUGGAGGUGCUCCCAUGGCCAUUGCCCUCUGUGAGGAUGCAAAGAAGGUGCUGGAGAAGGAGAGUGUCGUGCUAGAUAUUGAUGUCACUGAAAAGGAUAACCUGAUUAUUGUUGGCGACAUUCAUGGUCAGUUUGCAGACCUCUUACAAAACGUACUAUCGAUGCAGUUAGUGCAGCAAGAGGAGGACUGUGUUCCCAGUAGGCCUUUGGGCUCAGUUUAUAAGUUUUUAUUUUUGGGCGACUACGUGGAUCGUGGCCCACGCAGUGUUGAAGUAAUCACUCUUUUGCUUGCGUUAAAGAUAGAGUACCCUACUCAUGUUUUGCUUCUUCGUGGAAAUCACGAGGAGGCACAGACGUCUCGCAUGUACGGGUUUUUCCAAGAAUGUCGUGUAAAAUUGGAAGGAAAUGAUGAGAGGGUAGGUGGUGGUUGUACGAGUAUUUCAAGCAGUGCAUGGCUGCAGUACAAUAUGGUGUUUU